GGUAAUGAGUUCUUGAUUGCAGAAAGCUGGAGGCCACGCAAUGCACAUGAUUAUUUAACUUGGCCUUUUCCGAUCUCAAGUGCCAGCCAUCAUGAGGUCUUAAUGUAAUGAACCUCCAACGUCCCACAAGUGAAUGUCUUUCAAAGGAGCAAUUUUGCGACCUCCACCUACAAAGUUUGGACUCAAGUGCCCAAAUAUUGUGCCACAAGAUCGUCUUGACCACAGUGUGUCCUAGUUUGAGACUAGUUCUUACUCAGGAUGAGGUGGAUACCUUGAUACUACCAGAUUUUCAGACCCAAGAAAUUGCUUCCUUUGUCAAAGGAGUGUAUGCUUGUUUGGGUCAGAAGGAGACAAACCUCAUUGUUUCCGAAUCUUUAGUACAAACUCUUGGGGUGAAGGUACGAAAUUAUCAAGAUGGUGAUUUCAAAGAAUUGUUCCAGUCCAUUCAUCCAUUUACAAGUGAUCCAGGACUGCUGCAACCUGUGGUAAAAGUUGAGCCACCCGAUGAUCCUGAUGACUUGAUGCUAGGAACUGAUUCGAAACCAAAACGAGGGGCAAAGAGGCGACAAGUCAAGAAGUCGUCGAGGGCAUCACGAUCCAGUGGAAUCAAAGAAGAACCGGAUCAAGAACAGUUGCUUGUCGAUCACGAAGAUGAAGAAGACAAAGAUGUGGACGAAAUCAUUGAUGACUUUGUCAGUGACAAUUCGGGCAAUGAAGAAGGAUCCAGCUCUAAACGUAGGCGAAAAGCUUCUAGGAAAGACGAGACAGAGAAACAACCAAAACGCCGUGGAAGAGUACCAACAACAACCAAAGUAAAACCGGAUGAUUUGGAAAAGAUUCAGCUCCCAAUGCGGGGGAGCAGAUUUGAAAGAGUCAUUCAAAAGGAUGGGGAAAUCGUUUACGAGACUCAGAUGCCAACUCAAGAAAUUGAAAAGCUCUCACCCAAACAACUCACGAGGAAGAUUCGACAUGCCAAAGCUGUGAAGCAAAAGCGAACUCAGAUUGAGACCUUCCAAUGUGAUUGCUUAGAGGUGAGCAGUCUCAAGACUUUCCGGGAUAAAGAAGCUCAUUUUCGUCUGGUUCAUUGUGGAGAUAAGUUUUCUCAGUGUAAGAUGUGUAAAAGAGUCAUGCUCAAAGAGCAUUUGGAGGAGCAUAAGAAUAAUUGCGCAGACGAAUUAAGUUUGAGUAUUUGUCCCCAUUGUGGCAAAGAAUUCAAGUCUUUGAAUGCGCUCAAUACUCAUAUCAAUGGCGUGCAUAAGGUCUGGACCUGCAAAGUUUGUCAAGUCUCUUUUAAUGGAUACAUUAGGUACAGAAGGCACCAUUUGACCGAACAUACUAAGCCCUGGCAUUGUGAUAAGUGCACCAUGGUAUUCAAAGCGGAACAAAAUCUUAAAGAUCACUACAUUCGUGUUCACUUGCCCCAUCAUAUGAGACCCUUUGUGUGUGAGCUCUGCGGGCACGGGUUCAUUUACAAGGAUAAAUUGAGGAUACACAUGAUGAACAUGCAUGUGCGGACUAGACCGCAUAUUUGCCGUUGUGGUUGCGACUUUGCCUUCAACGAUCCCAGUACAAGAAGAGCUCAUGAACGCAAGCAACACCCAGGUCACCCUAUGAACCAACCCAAAAAGGCCGAAUUGUGAAAUAAAUCGGUUGACAAUGAGCUGCAAAUUGUUUAUAAAGGACACGAUUGAAUUUUAACACCUCCCAAUAAACUUU